AUGAAGUCGCCUGCCAGUCCAGCCGCGCACGCUGAGCCGCGCCCUGCUGCUACUGGCGGCGGCGGUGGCUCAGCGGCAGCAGCGCCGGCGAUGACGACCUCCUCCUCUCCUUCCUCGCAGCCACGCCCCCACAACGCAGACUCGUCCCAGGCUGUGCUGUCGCCUAACAAGCGGCGCGUGCCGAUACCUUCGUCAGACGCCACCAACCAGCAGGGACGUGCUCCCUCCUCGUCCGACGCCGCACAUACCCGGCCCCAGGACGAUUCCUCCAAGACGACCAAGAGAGCCAGGGGAGAGGAUGCGCCCCCAAAGACACUGCCGCUGCGGUACGAGCUCUGCGCUGUCGAAGAUGUGGUCGAGCUCAUCGCCAACAUGCUGGCUGAGCUUAUCGCGACGAACGACUACAUACGAGUCACCAACGAUGGGUUGACGCGAUUCCACUCCCGAACGCCUCCCGGCAUAUCGGUGCGAGACUACCUCCACCGCCUGGCCAGACACGCCACCCUGACGCCGCCCUUGCUCCUCGCCAUGGUCUACUACAUCGACCGGCUGUGCCUCAUGUACCCGGAAUUCACCAUCAACACCCUCACCGUCCACCGCUUCCUCAUCACCGCCGCCACGGUCGCCGCAAAGGGUCUGUCCGACGCCUUUUGGAACAAUGCCACGUACGCUAGGGUUGGUGGCGUACGGUUGGCCGAGCUCAAGCUGCUCGAGCUCGAGUUCCUCCACAGGGUCGACUGGAAGAUUGUCCCCGACCCGGAUGUGCUGGUCGCCUACUACAAUGGCCUGGUCGAGCGCACGCCGGGCUACGUUCUCGAACCGGGCUCGUUAUCCGAUGGCAGUGCAGCCGACGACGACGAUGACGGCGACGACGACGACGACGACGACGACGACGCGGACGAGAGAGAGAGAGACGAGAAAGACUCAUAG